AAUUUAAAAUACUUUCAUAUUAAUGUAUACAGUUCAUGUCAAAUAUGUUGGGCACCAUCUAAGUUAUUUUACAAUAUAAAAAAAUUAUAUUAAGGUGCAAUAGUGACGUUAUUGAUUACCUAUAUUAUUUCUGAACAAUUUUUUUUAAACACAUUUCUAAACUUAAAUUAAUUUAUGGCAAAUAAUACUUUAGAAGAAGUAUCACAUAAAGAAGAAAAGAAAUAUGUGUUUAAAGACCCAACCUUUGAUAGUACCAAAACUGUAAACGGGAAAAAAAAAUUGUGGCGAUCUUUAAAGCAAAUAACUGCUCAAGAAAGAAAUUUACCAUGGCCUGAAAAUACAAUUUAUUACAGCAGUAUUUCAGCUCCACCUUCAUUCAAACCGUCCAAAAAAUAUUCAGAUAUAAGUGGACUAAUCGCUAAAUAUAAAGAUCCACAAACAUCUUUAUAUUAUGCUGGACACGAAGAGUUUAGCACUGUCAGAAAUCUACCUAGUGACAUUAUUACGGGAUAUUUAACCUUAAGAGGAUCAUAUAACCCAAUUGGAUAAGAACAUGCUUGCCAUGAUUUUAAAACAUAAUUGAGAAAGCUAUUAGAUAAACAUAUAUAUCUGUAAAUUUAUUACUACUUUAAAUAAUUAAAUAAUAAUAAACUUCACUAAUGUUUAUUUAAAAAUGUA